AUGAUGGUAUUACAACAUGCUUAUUUUAAACUUCCAUGUUGUCGAAAUGCUGCAAAUAUCAUUUACAAAACUAAUGAGGCUGCAUUUGGCCUUGUAUUACUUUCGUUGGACCGCAUUUGUAGCUUUGGAACUUCUGUUGCAUCAAAUAUCAAAGAACGAACAGUUCCCCAGCAACAACAAAAAAAAGAAUCCACAAAACUCCACUGUUCUUGCAAAAGUUCAUCCCCUACAGCUGCUAUAACUCAAUUGCAACUCAAAAGUUUUCACUCCUUGUUGUAUCAUCUUCGAUUGAUACAAAUUCUCGACCACAAUUAUAGAACGACAUACAUGCCUUCUCCAAACAUGUCUCUGAAAUCAUUCCUUUGGCUCAUGUGUGGUGGGUGGUUGUACAUGUGCCUCGUCACGCAACACAUGUGUGCCUUCUGUUUUAAAAUGCCAAGCAACAUCCUGUCAAGUUACACCACUGUCAACAACACUGGCAGCAUUCAUGUAAAGCAUCAUAAAGUGGUUGGUUCCUUCGUUUACUUUGCUGGUUACUUUAAAGAAUCGAUCAAUCUCUCUCCUACAAUUUCAUUAUUCCAUCCGAAAGAUGUUCGAGAUGACUGUAAUGUAUUUAUUGCCAAAAUGUCACUCUUUUCCAACACUAUCAUUUGGUACCAAACAGAGGCAUUACAAGCAUGUGAUCCCUAUUUUUACUCCAUGGAAACAUCUCAAGAACUUGAACAUGGAGAUUGUGAUUACGUGGCUAUUGCAUUCAAUACAGGAUAUCCUUGUUGUAAUUUUAUCAAGUUUGGUGGACCUGGAUUCAUUCUUUAUAAUGCAACGAAUGGACUGAAGUUGCGUUCAGAACAAUUGAUUGUCUAUUUGGGAGCUAUCACAUCUCUUGGAUUUGACAAAUCUGGUUUCUAUGUGGGAGGUCAUGUUUUAGAAGGGAACUUUUUUGGUGUGGAAGGUUUUACAGAUGAACGUUCGGGUGGAAGAAUUUAUAAUACGUUUGUGAGAAAGUAUUCAUUGCCAUCGUUGAAACCUGAAUGGCUCAUUCAAUCUGUGGAUACCAGUAACACUGCGAAUACCACUCCACUCUCGAGACAAGUGACAGGAAUUGUUCCAGUGAAAAUGAAUGGACAGAAUGUCGUGGUUGUGGCAGGAUCUUUUUCUUCCUUAGAUUCUACAACGUGGAGAGAUUUUUCUCGUCAAUUGGUUCAUGUGAAAAAGAGAGAUGGACUGUAUGGAAAUUACUUGCUUUUUGUUCAUGAAAAUGGAACCAUUUGGACACAUUUUUCAACCAGAGUGAGUUCUUUCUUUGUUAAGAGAGAACAAUCAAUCGUCUUGUGUGGUGUGAAUUCAGGAAUGGCAGAAUGUGAAGAAAUUAGUUUACCUUAUAUAGGGAUCAAAAAUGUCAUGAAUUCCAAGCAAUUCAGUUCAGAUUGUACAUCCACCAUUUAUUCAGUGACAGGCAAUGAACAUCAAAUCUUUAUUGCCGCUCAAUUCGACGCAUCAUGUAAACAAUAUCAAGGCAUGAUCAUUCAGUCAUUGGAUUCACGUUUAAGGGAUGCCUCUUGGAAAAUUAAUGUCACUGCUUCACAAUUGGACUUUAUUUCUCUGUCUGCCAAUCAUGAAAACAUCUCCGUGUCCUUUCUUUACAAUGAAACCUUGACAGAUAUUCUUGGAACGAAUUAUUAUUAUCCCAAGAUGAAUUUAUUGAUGCAAUUGUUUGCUGUGAACUCCUCGACUUCUUGUUUUGGUGUACAGUAUACGGACUCGAAGGUUUGUUCCUCCCAUGGAGUGUGUUAUUCUGCAGAUUAUUGUAUUUGUGAUUAUGGAUACAUGAAUGAGGAUUGUUCUCAAUUUACUUGUUUUGGAAAUGUGAACAAUGGGUGUCAUAAUGGUUCGUGUGUUGGAGUCGAUACCUGUGAAUGCGAUGAAGGGUUUUUAGGUCCUCAUUGUAAUUUGACGAGUUGCUUUGGAAUUCUCUCGACGGAUCCAUCGACAUGCAGCGGAAAAGGAAAUUGUGUGAAAUUUGACACUUGUCAAUGCAAGGAAGGUUAUGUCGGAGAACAAUGUGAUUCCUUUUCAUGUCAUUUAAUACCAUCAUGGAAAACUACUCAAGUAUGUUCUGGAAGAGGACAAUGUAUUGCCAUGGACACUUGUCAAUGUCACGAGAAUUACUUUGGACCUCUUUGUGAACACACUCGUUGCUUUGGAAUUGAUUCCAAUAACAUUACCGUGUGUGGACGUUAUGGAUUAUGUACUUCCUAUAACCAUUGUGAAUGUCCAGAGGAUAGAUAUGGUCAGGAUUGUUCCAUUCAUUCAUGUUAUUCCAAACUCUCAACGGACCCAACGGUUUGCAAUGGAAAUGGAACGUGUGUCAGUGAUGACAAUUGUGUAUGUCACAAAUUUAACAAUAGCUUACCCAAGUUUGUUGGAGACGCAUGUGAACACACGGUGUGUUUUGGUAAAAUUGGAAAUGAAGCUUGUUCUGGAAAUGGAAUUUGUAUUGGGCCAGACGAAUGUCAAUGCAAGAUUGGGUUUUCAGGAGAAGUUUGCAAUGUCAAUGACGGUUUGCUGGUUCAAAUACUGGUACCUAUUGGAGGAGUGAUUGCAUUUCUUGUUUGUGUUUCAUUGUCUAGUUUGACUUGUUAUCUUUACAAAAUCAAUUAUUGGAAUAAGAGAACCAAAACAGAAAAGGAAAUGGAACAAAAGUUAUUGGAAAUGGAAUUGGAACUGGAAAAUGAAAGAAGUCAAAAUGUGUCUUAUUUGAUACCUGUUGAAGAAUUGGAAUUGGUUGAGAAAAUUGGUUCUGGUGGUUUUGGUCACGUGUUCAAAGCUCGUUGGAAACAAGUAUUGGUUGCUGUCAAGUGUGUCGAUUCUAAAAAUUCGAACCGUUCAGAAGAAGAAUCAUUCGAACACGAUUCGAAUGAAGAUGACACUUUUGAAAAAGAAGUUCUCUUACUCAAUAGUUUGAAACAUCCCAAUGUCAUUCAAUUCUUUGGAGUUUGCAUGACGGAACGUAAAAAAUUGAUGGUCAUGGAAUAUCUUGGUGGAGGAUCUUUGGAUAAAUUGGUCUAUGAAUUGAAAAUCAAGAAACGAAGAAUUUCAUUGAGAAACAAGUUACAAAUUUUGUUUGGAGUGGCCAAUGGUCUCUGUUAUUUACAUGAUUUGAAACCCAAUGCAAUUAUUCACAGAGAUUUGAAAAGUGGAAAUAUUUUACUUGAAGAAAAUUUGCAGCCCAAAGUGUGUGAUUUUGGAUUAUCGAAAUUGGUUGGAAAUAAUAAUAACAUCUCGAACUCCUUGACCACGAAUAUGGGAACUUUAUUUUAUAUGGCUGAAGUGAUUGGUGGAGAUAAUUCCAACAUGACAAUUACCAACAAAAUCGAUGUAUAUAGUUUUGGUAUUGUCAUGUAUGAAUUAUUCUUUGAGGACAAUCCAUUCAUUAAUUAUCACUCUCAGAAAAUUCAUAAAUUCUCCCAACCUGACAUUUCAGAUCACAACGUUUACAGUAUUCCUUUAAAGGUUUCGAAAGGUUUGAGACCUAAAAUUCCAUUUUCGAAUCGAGAAGAACAAGUAUUGUGGAUUCAAGAAUACAUGAAAGAAGAUGAAAAAUCUUUUGGAAUGAGUGAAUUGUGUUGGCUCGUGGAUCGAUUUAUGGAAUUGAUGAAAUCAUGUUGGGAUCAGAAUCCAAGUAGAAGACCUUCGUUUGAUGAUGUGGCAGAUCGAUUAGCAAAUUUACUCUCGAAAUGUAAUGUGUAA